UUAGAAUCCAGCUGCUUUGGCUAAAAAAAAUUUAUGCAACUCAAAUUGCCAUCAACCUCCGACAUUUAUUUCGAGUUUAGCCAACUAGAGGGAACAGACCCGGCAUCUGUCCUGGCGUCGACUCCGAUUUGAUUCUCCUCUGGAUUCGCUCCUCCCAGCAUCUUUUCCAAAAUCCCCAUUUUUUCAUGAGGCCGAUUCCCUGAAGUCAGCUCUAUGUCCGGCUCACUCGCGCUCGUCUAGUUAACAGAAUUUGCAAGGACUUUUUAUCGACACCCUAAAGAUGAGUCAUCAGGACCAGUCUACGUCAUUGCAGCGCCUUAAUCAUGUCGACAAGAGGAUUGUUCGUGUGCUGGAGCUCGCUGGAUCGGUGAUGGAUGAGCUUGCUAAUUCGACCGGUCCCAGGAUAGAAGUGCUCGCUGGUCAUUGCCGAGAGUUCAUGCAAUCCAUUAAGGAGAUCCAAUCGACAUUAAGAGAAGAAAUUAAGAGUGCCUGUGAUUAUCGUCCGUUUGAGAAUUGCGACUAUAGUGCAAGAAUUUCCAAUGAAAUUUCUUGCCAAAAACUGGAAUACAUCAUUGAGCAGUUAGAUGGCAUGAAGAAAACCAUUAAUCAUUGCGGAGAUGGAACUUGAAAAGCUUGAUAUUUCCAACUCCCUGAGGAUUGGUAACUUGAGUUUCUUCAUUGUAUAACCACACAACUUGAAUUUAUUUUCUUCGUUAAGGCUUGGAACUAGCUUGGAAUUUGGCAACCGCAUUGUGCAUUUUCUUUUUAUAUAAUGUAUUAUGAAUAUUUUAGAAAUACAAUAAAAAAAAAUAAUGUACACGAGUUUUUUCUGAUAAGUUUUUAGUGAGGAAGAAAAACUUUUUUUCCCUCGCACUGAAAGACAAACAUCUCAACCAUUAGGCCAAGGCGGAUAAUUUCCCUAAUUGGCCUGGCUUUUAUUUAUUUAUUUUUUUAUAGCAGCAUGCAGGGGUGAAGGUGACAUUUCAUUGUAUCCUGGUACGAGAAUGAUAAUAUCAAUUGUAAAUUUUUGUAAGAUUGAAAAUGUUGG